AUGCAAGAUGUUACUAUGGAGGACGCCUCGACCUGGGUCCCCGGGCCUGCGAUCACUAUCCUGGCCAAAGUCGCGCCAGAGGCGGACAAGUGGCGCGACGUGUUCUCAGCCCCCGUCGGAUGGAUGGCUCAGACGGGUACGAUGAACUGGAGUUACAUUGUAGAUUGUUUGUCGAUGUUUUUUCUCCACCCCGGCUAUGGUCAUCUGCUCGACGAGGCGGGCAAGCAGGUUGCGGUCGCAGGGCCUCGAGCGGCGGUGCCCACCGCAGAACAGUAUUACUACGUUCGCAAUGGUGAGUCAUGAGCUUGCAGAUCAAUCACGAAUUGUUUCGCUGAAGACCCAUCGUCCAUAAUGUCCUGCAAGAUAUGUCCCUCGUAUGGUUUGCGCCCGGCCCGAGCUCCAGGCGAGGGCCCCGUAGGGCACCACUUGUCCCCGAGACGUUGAACGGCGUGCUGGAAAUAGCUCCCUCGGAUGCGGUAGGUGCCGAUAUCUGCCUUCUGCUGUGAACAGGCAUCGCAAAGUCUUACCGCGUCUGCUGGCCCUUGAUUAGAGUACGACCUUUUCCGGGACGGGGUUCGCGGCCGCGACGGCACCUGCCUACUCUCAGACGCGCCCCAGUGUAUGGUGACGUCAUUCGUACCCGGGUUUCGUACUGAUGUAAGUCGUGAGCUUUCCUUAUCUGCGUGUCCGCGCUGCUUUCCGGUAGGCGAGCGUCGCAAUGAGACGACUUCUUGUGCAGGUUUUUGCAUCGAUCGGGGUGCAGUCUCAAUGGCUUCCUGCGUGUGGGAUACUCCUGCACGCAGAUCUUGCCAAGGCGUUCGACGCGUACGACUUUGCGCUGUGGCCUUUUGGGGUCAGUCCUUUCGUGCUCUUCAAGGCCGACUUAUUCAUUUCACAUCGGCGUUUUCAGAUAUGUGCCACCUGCUUGCUCUAUUGUUGCGGAGAUGCUUCAGAGCGCACUGGUUAUGAUGCCACAUGCAAAGCUCCCGGUGGGGGAGGGUGUGCAUAGCGCCACAGAAACGUUGUCGGGGCAACUUGAUCUUGGCGUGGUAGGGCCGCAGGUUCUGGUUGCGCAUGAGAAAGACAACCACAAGAUUCUUGGCAUCGCAUUCAUUUCUUCACUCUCUUCUCGCUGAUUGCAGGAAGAUUCGUAUGUCGUGAUUGUCUUUCUUGUGCGCAACCAGAACCUGCGGCCCUACCACGCCAAGAUCAAGUUGCCCCGACAACGUUUCUGUGGCGCUAUGCACACCCUCCCCCACCGGGAGCUUUGCAUGUGGCAUCAUAACCAGUGCGCUCUGAAGCAUCUCCGCAACAAUAGAGCAAGCAGGUGGCACAUAUCUGAAAACGCCGAUGUGAAAUGA